GGCCCGCCCCGCGGGGCGCGCUGCAUGUCGGGCGUCGUUGUCUCAAAGCCGGUCCGCCGCCGCUCCACGGGAGGGGUUCGGUGACGGGCUUCUGGGAGAACCCCCACCCCCGCUUCGCUUCGCUUCACGCUCCUUCCCCGCGGGAAUCCCUGUCAGAUCGCUCCCCCCUCACAGCGCGGGCGAGUGGUGCGUUGGUGUCUGAUCGCGCCGCGGUACGGUACAGGCCUCCGUGCCCUUCCUCAUUUCAGCCAUGUCUGACAAAAGUGAACUGAAGGCGGAGUUGGAGCGCAAGAAGCAACGAUUAGCUCAAAUCAGAGAGGAGAAGAAAAGAAAGGAGGAAGAAAGAAAGAAAAAAGAAACUGAUCAGAAGAAAGAAGCUCUUCCUGUACAAGAAGAAUCUGAUCUUGAAAAGAAGAGAAGAGAAGCUGAAGCAUUACUUCAAAGCAUGGGGUUGACACCCGAGUCUCCUGUUGCUGUGCAACCUCUGCGAGUAGUAACAGCGGAUACCUGUCUGUUUCACUAUUUAGUCCCUCCUCCUACCUCUCCGUCUUCCAAAUCUGUGAGUACGCCAAGUGAGGCUGGAAGCCAGGACUCUGGUGAUGGUGCUGUUGGAUCUAGGACGCUGCAUUGGGAUACUGAUCCAUCAGUUCUUCAGCUCCACUCUGAUUCCGAUCUGGGACGUGGACCUGUUAAACUUGGAAUGGCCAAAAUUACACAAGUUGACUUUCCUCCUCGAGAAAUUGUUACAUAUACAAAGGAGACGCAAACACCUAUUAUGACUCAGCCAAAGGAAGAUGAGGAAGACGAAGAUGAUGUGGUUGCACCAAAGCCCUUAGCUGAACCUGAGGAAGAAAAAACAUUAAAAAAAGAGGAGGAGGAAGAAGCUGCACCUCAUGAACUGACAGAAGAGGAAAAACAACAGAUUUUGCAUUCUGAAGAAUUUUUAAGUUUCUUUGACCACUCCACGCGGAUCGUCGAAAGAGCCCUUUCUGAGCAAAUCAACAUUUUCUUUGACUACAGUGGAAGAGACUUAGAAGACAAAGAAGGAGAGAUUCAAGCAGGAGCAAAACUGUCCUUGAAUAGGCAGUUUUUUGAUGAACGUUGGUCAAAGCAUCGUGUUGUCAGUUGUUUGGACUGGUCAUCUCAGUACCCAGAAUUACUUGUAGCCUCUUACAACAAUAAUGAGGAUGCACCUCAUGAGCCUGAUGGGGUGGCCCUUGUAUGGAACAUGAAGUACAAGAAAACUACCCCAGAGUACGUCUUUCACUGCCAGUCAGCAGUGAUGUCAGCUACAUUUGCAAAAUUUCAUCCCAAUCUGGUGGUUGGUGGCACAUAUUCAGGCCAGAUAGUGCUAUGGGAUAAUCGCAGCAAUAAGAGGACCCCGGUGCAGAGAACUCCACUUUCAGCUGCUGCUCACACGCACCCAGUGUACUGUGUAAAUGUCGUUGGGACUCAGAACGCUCAUAACUUGAUUAGUAUCUCGACUGAUGGGAAAAUAUGCUCUUGGAGCCUGGACAUGCUUUCCCAACCGCAGGAUAGCAUGGAGCUGGUUCACAAGCAGUCCAAGGCUGUGGCCGUUACCUGCAUGUCCUUCCCUAUUGGAGAUGUCAACAACUUUGUUGUUGGCAGUGAAGAAGGCUCAGUGUACACUGCAUGCCGUCACGGAAGCAAAGCUGGAAUCAGUGAGAUGUUUGAAGGACACCAAGGACCAAUCACAGGUAUCAACUGCCACGCAGCAGUUGGACCUGUAGAUUUCUCACACCUUUUUGUCACCUCUUCUUUUGACUGGACAGUAAAGCUUUGGACAACUAAGAAUAACAAACCUCUCUACUCCUUUGAAGACAACUCGGAUUAUGUUUAUGACGUGAUGUGGUCUCCAACUCACCCUGCCUUGUUUGCCUGUGUGGACGGGAUGGGCAGGCUUGACCUGUGGAAUCUCAACAAUGAUACUGAGGUACCAACCGCAAGCAUUACUGUGGAGGGCAAUCCUGCUCUGAACCGCGUGAGAUGGACACAUUCUGGGAGAGAGAUUGCUGUGGGUGAUUCAGAGGGACAAAUAGUCAUAUAUGAUGUGGGAGAGCAAAUUGCCGUUCCUCGCAGUGAUGAGUGGACUCGAUUUGGUCGAACACUGGCAGAAAUAAAUGCUAACAGAGCUGACGCAGAAGAGGAGGCUGCAACCCGCAUACCGGCGUAGAUCUUUGAAAAUAGGCAGCAGCGGCAGACUUGUGAAUGAUUUGAUGCAAAUCUUAAAAGUGUAAGCAUGUGUCAGUUCAAGUACUAGGUUAAGGGAGGAAUACAUGGAUUCAACUAUGGACUUUAAAAAUCUAUUAAGAUCACUGAAAAUCAGAUCUUGCAUUGUCACUUUUUAUAUAAAAAUUACAAGCACAUUCUUGGGUUUGUGUAACUUUUAAUACAGUUAACUUUGACUUUGCAAGGAACUUCUUUUGCUGAAACACUAACCUGGUGUAAAUUUGCUAUUGGGCUUCUGAGACUUCCACUUUGUAACAGUUUAUCUAUUUCUGAAAAGUAAAAGUUCUGUUUCUAAACUUAACUUUCUAUAUUAUACAGACUUAACCUUCAUUAGGUAGUAAAUCCCUGAAGCGUUCUCUAAUUAGAACUCUUCAAAUUACUCACGGAUAUGCAUGCAUAUGUUCCAAGUAAGUUUCAUUGUUUAAACAUAGAUAAGCCUCAAGACUGUGGUAGUGGGUAAUAUAUGUGAAUAAAAAUUUGUCUGUAGUUACACACUUAUUUGAUAAUUGGACCUGAAUUAAUGAAAUACAUAUUUAAUACCCAGUUCUUUUGUUUGAAUUGGUGCAUUAAAAGGUGAGACUGAUUCAUAAAUAAAUAUUAUAUGAGCA